UUUUAAGGUAAAAAUUAGCUGCAUAUCAUAUCAUCACGUUACCCAAAAUCCCUUAAAAAACUCAAAAGUUUCCUUUCAAACUAUGGCUCCUCGUCAGUUGGUGGUUGUUCUUGGCCUAGUUCUCUUCGCCGUUGUCGGCGUAGUCUCGGCAAGUACCGAUGCUGUCAGUCCAAUUGCGGAUCCAGUUGUCGAGGCACCUGACAACAAUGUUGUUGGCCCCACCGAUGGCGAAUCCUUUGGGGCUGCACCAGCUGGAGGACCAGUUUCUGAGGGAACUUUUGCCCCUCUCAGCCCAGCUGAGGCACCAAAGAGUGGAUCAACCACUCUUGAGGCCGCCUCUACCUAUGCAGCUGGACUUGUUGCCUCCGCCGUGUUGGGUUCCUUUUUCUUCUAAAUUGAUCCCUAUGCGUGGAUGCAUGGCUGCCACUCCUAUAUAAAAAUCAUAUAUUUAGUGAGAGUUUUAUUCAAUUCAAAAUUUUUUUCAAGAUUGGAGAUAAUAUCAGAGCUGGAUCUGUUGAUGUACAAGUAAAUACAACAUGACUUCUGAACGCUACCAUGUGAAUUCACAACAACUCCCAAACUUUUUUAUAUGUAAUCGAAUAUAAGGUCACUCUCACCAUAAAAGUUUGAUACUAUAUUGUCAUUCCUUUUAGGUUAGUGAUAUCAAGGCCAUGCUGAUUGAGAAAACAAAGUUUCCAUUUUAAAAAAUGGAUAAGAAGACAGUUGAACUGCCAUUUUCCUAUUUAUCAUCGCAUGUUGAAUUGACAUAUGGAUGAAUUCUAAAAAUCAAGGCAAGAACACCUACUCGGAACCCAACAAGACAAUUUCCUUUCGGUUAAUGAUAUCAUUAGAAACCAUGAUGUCAACCUUUGAAUAUGUGGUGAUAGGUUUUGAUGAAAAUUUCAUGAUUUUUUAAUCAUAGAUCUAGAGUAUGUUAUGAAGAUUUUUUUUUUCUCAUAAUUGAACGUUUCUAAUGCACUUUUAUUGGUGAGGUAGAAUUAGGUUUGAGUUGAAUGCAC